AUGUCGGGAGGAGGAGGAGGAGGCUCGAGGCCCGACGCCGCCGCGGGGGGCUUCCCCGCGAGGGGGGCGCCGGGGGCCGCGACGGAGCCGCCGUCGCUCGCGCAGUACAUCUCGCUGGAUCAGUUCCCCGUCGGCGAGCACCGGCACUCGCGCUCCGCGGAGCUGCGGCGGGCGCUGGCCGACUCGGCGGAGCAGCCGCUCGCCGCGCUGGCGCAGGGCAAGCCGCUCCCCCCCGCGGCCGCCGAGGAGCUCCGGCGGAUCCGGGGCGGCGUCGCGGAGUCGUCGGCCAGGGCCAAGGAAAGGGUGAAGUCGCUGCAGGAGUCCAUCCAGAAGCUGGACAAGUACAAGAACGUGGUCACGCGGCGCCGGCAGAGGAGCGACGGCGCGUCGGUGGAUAGGUCGUCGGGGAACGUCGGUGGCUCUCUCAGGAUCGGGGCUCAGAACAGCGGGGAUAACCCCGCCCAGAGGCUCGAGGAGAGGGCUAAGAGCUCGACCAUGAGCAAGCGUGUCCGGUCGUCGCUGACGGCAGAUGCACGGUUGGAAGGGCGUGUUAGUGUUUCUACAAGGCAAGGAGGUCCUUUGGUUGAUACUGAGAAAAACCCAUCUUUGGAGAAGGACAAAAGCUCCGUUAGAAUUGCCAAUGCCACAUCAGGGUUUUCUGAAGACAAAUUACGAGGCCUAGCUCCUGGUGGUGAAGGAUGGGAGAAAAAGAUGAAACGUAAGCGUUCUGUUGGAACUAUGCUCAAUAGAGGCAGUGAUGUAGACCGAGAUGUUAAACCAUCAGUUCAACAUAGAUCAAACAGUGAAGUACGUGGACGAUCUAGUGAUGCUAUUCCAUUUAGACAUGGAGCUUCUGCUGGAGCAUCUGGAGGUAGCAAGAUGGAUGGAAGCUCUCAACUGAGUAGUUCUGGCUCACGGUAUCUUCUGAAGACAGAGAUGGAUUCCACCCCUCUUCCAAAUGAAAGACGAGAGCGCCAUGGUGGGCUAGACAAAGAACGGGUUUUGGUGAAAGGAAACAAGGCACAUAUUUCCGAGGAUAUGCAACCAGGAACCUUAAGUCCUGUGACCAAGGGUAAAGCAACCAGAGCACCAAGAACCAGUUCGCUUGUCGGUAUCCACUCAUCAUCUACUUUGCUACGCUCAGCUGGAGGAAUUGAUGAAUGGGAAGAAGCACCGUGCACAAAUAAAGCCUCACCAUUGGCAAGCACCACAAAUCGCAAGCGUCCCAUGGCUGCAACUGCCUCUUCACCUCCUGUUGCUUGGGUGGGUCAACGUCCACAGAAAAUGUCACGGACAAGAAGAGCAAAUGUUGUAUCACCGGUGUCAAAUUUUGAUGAACCCGUAUCUGAAGGAUCACCAGUUGAUGUUGCUGUUAGGCCAGCUUUAGAAACGCCUGGCCUUUCACUUCCAAGGGGUGCAGCUAGCAAUAAUUCACAAGCUGCAUCUAGAAUGGAUAAUGUUACAUCUCCAGCUGGUCUAUCAGAAAGUGAAGGGUCUGUUGCUACUGAACACAGGAAUAAGGAAAAAGUCACAAACAGUGGCGACUUUGAGAAUGAGGGGGCAAAUUCAGCUCAUAUGGCAUCAGACUUAAUUUUCUCGUCCAAGAAAAGCAGGAUUCCGUUGAAAGAAGAACUUGAAGAUGGUAGUAUUCGUCGUCAAGGGAGGAGUGGAAGAGGCACUAUGCAUGUUAAAGGGUGUUCAUCCAUACCAAAAGAGAAGUUGGACAGCACUGAAACGAGGAAGUUGGUAAAGAGCGUAAGACCUGCAUCUGAAAAGAAUGAAAGUAAGUUAGGCCGUCCUCCAACAAAGAAAGGCUCGGACCGCAAAGCAUCAUCUCGUCACCCAGAAAUUCUGAAUUGUGGGUCAAUGGAUACUACAGGUGAAUCUGAAGAUGACCGAGAAGAACUUCUAGCUGCCGCAAAUGCUGCCCGUGGUGCAAUAGUUGGUGCAUAUGCUGGCCCUUUUUGGAAGAAAAUAGAACCCAUGCUUACUUUCAUCAGCUCUGAAGAUUUAUCCUUCUUGAAAAACCAGAUAAUAUUCUUGGAAGAACUUGAGAUGGGCAUGUCUAAUAAGCACGAUGAAGAUAAGUUAAAUGCAUCAGCUAACUACAAUGGGCCACCAUCAAUGGUUGAGCAUUCCUCCCAGGUUCUGCCUCCAUCCAAUUCUUCUUUGUUGCUGGAUCAAGGGGAAGCAAAUGGUGUUGGACCAAGGGAAUCUGUUGACAUUUUGUCUUAUAAUAAUGGCGAGAAUCAUAACAACACAUCUCAAAAGGCACAGGGGCAAGGAAUAUUUGGUGAAAUGGCUCCCCUGACAAGUAGACUGCUCUCUGCCUUGAUUGUAGAAGAUGUUGAUGACUUUCCCGAGUCCAAUGGUGUCCAAGGAGAUAUACUUCUGGAAUUCUCAAAUGACUACCUUCCUCGUGCUGCCUCAGUUGAAUUUGAAGCUACGGGGCUAGAAUCCAGUUUUGGAAUGUCUCCUGAUUUCAAGCAUUCAAACAGUAACCCAGCAUAUAACAGCAUGUCCAAUGGUUUCGCAGUUUCCAGUAAUUUGAGGGGCUCAUAUAGUCAAAGUUCAGUUUGCAGUGAGAAUCUAUCAGAUGGGAUAAAUGUUAUGGGGUACCCAGAAAACGGCUCUUUGCAUGGAUCAGUACCGCAGAUUACACAGCAGUAUCAAACUCCCGGAAAAGAUUUAUCUUUACCAUUAUAUGGAUAUCAGUAUGCGCAGAUGUCUUUGCAUGAUAGGACUUUGGUCGAGUUGCACAGUAUUGACAUUUUUCCAGAGAUGCCAGAGCUGGACGAGGGAGAGGAUGAGGAUAUUAAUAAAGUUAUUUUGGAGCUGCAGAAAAGACUCUUUGAUCAGGUGAAUCAGAAGAAAUGCCAAUUAAAUAAGCUAGAAAAAGCAAUUCGAAAUACUAAAAACAUGGAGGAAAGGAGCCUGGAGCAACACGCAAUGAACAAAUUAGUAGAGAGGGCAUACAAAAAAUUGCUGGGUGGUCGAGGUAGUUCUAGUCACAAGGGCGGUCUCAGUAAAGCAGCCAGUAAGGCUGCAAAACAGCUUGCAUUGGCUUUUGCAAAGCGAACACUUGCCCGGUGCCAGAAAUUUGAGGAAACAGAGAAAAGCUGCUUCAGGGAGCCUUUCCUUUGGAGUGUGCUGUCCGCGCCUUUGCCAAAGAGUGACCCAGUUGAUGGUGUCCCUCCAGGAUCUGCAGAUAGGCCAAAGGCCCUAAAGCUUGACAGAAGCCCAUUGAGCCAAGGUAUCCCAACUUCUGCUGAUCCUUUUGCAGGUAGCACAAAAUUGAAAAAGGGCGAGAGAGAAAGGGACCAGAGCAGAGAUGGGUCUGCCAAGAACUCCAGCUCGAAAUCAGGCAGCGGCCGGAACUCGUCUGGCAGCGGCCGGAACGAGCGCAAGACCAAGAUGAAGCCAAAGCAGAAGCUAGCGCAGCUAUCAACAUCUGGAAACGUCCUUGGCAGAGUCACAGAGCCAUCCAACUCCAGCUUCCCAUCACCGUCGCCGCGAGAAUCCAACGAGUGGAACAACCCUCUGAGCACAAGACCUACCCAGCAACCAAGGAACAGCGCGGCCAACGUCGCUCCGGAGUCCCUGGACGCCCCCAUGAACCUGCCACCGAUGGACCCCAUGGUGGACAUCCUGGACGUGCCGGAGGGCAACGACAUUAGUGCCUGGUUCACGGACGGCCUGGACGACUCGCUGCAAGACUUUGAUUUCUCCGGAGGCCUGGAGAUCCCGGACGACGAUCUCACCCAGCUAGGGUUCAUGUGA